UAAUAGGAGUGGCUCCAGCUAGCAGUAGAUUUUGAUUUUUUUGCAUAGUGCGCCCCCUUAGUAUGCCCUUGACAAUGUUAACAACUUCUAUAGGAAGCCCAUCUGCUACAAUAGCAUUGGCAGUAGUAUUUCUAGUAGUUUCGGUAUGUGUCCUGUAUCAUGGAGCUGUUAGUGGAGUUGUCUCUGCUAUGUGGAGGGUUGUACUUGCGUUGCUGAUUGUUUACAUUGGUCUCUUGUUAGUUUUUAUUCUGUUCCAGACUCCUGAUGAUGCACGAUAUUUCCUAACAUUUUACGACUCUAGCUUAGGAGUUUCUCUACCUGAGAGAACUUAUGCUGAAGACUGUCGUAUCUAUACUCCUGACCACCCUGAUGGGAUGUUUGCUCAUUUUAUGGAUAAGAUGGAUAUUUUUGUCACCUCUCAUUUGGUUGGUUGGUUUGCAAAGGCUCUUAUAGUAAGAGAUGUCUGGCUUCUCAAUAUUGUUAGUAUAGCAUUUGAACUGUUGGAGUAUACUCUGGAAUGUCAGCUACCAAACUUUGGUGAAUGCUGGUGGGAUCACUGGAUCUUAGAUUUUGCCGUUUGCAAUGGCUUGGGUAUAUAUUUUGGAAUGCUUGCAUGCAGAUACUUCAAUUUGGAGAGAUAUCAUUGGAGAGAGCUAUAUAAGAUACCAAAUUUGAAAAGGAAAUCAUUGGGGCACACCAUUAGUUUUUUUAAAUUCUUCUCAGUUGUCAUGCUGAUUAUAAUCUGGCUACUGCAAGAGUUAAACGGGUUUUAUCUCAAGACAAUACUCUGGAUCCCACCCAAUCAUUCAAUAAAUAUCAUGAGACAGUGUCUCUAUGCAUUCUGUGGAGCUGCUGCCAUUAAAGAAAUUUAUCAUUUCCUUCAAUCAAAUAAAACUAGUAGUAUUGGUUCCAAUCAUUUCUCAUGGCUAGUGUUUACUGCUCUUAUAGUAGAGACACUGAUUGUAAUCAAGUUUGGUUGGGAGAUUAUUACCAUUCCCAUACCUAAAGCUGCUGUGAUUGGAUGGUCUGCUUUCUUUGUGUGCCUUUCAAUCUGGGCCUUCUGGAAGUUCACUUAUCCUUUGAAAGAGUGGCCUAUCAUUGGCCAUAUGCUUCAAUCAAGUAAAAACAACAAGAAGAAAGACUAAUACAGAUGCAGAGCCAGCAUUAUUGUAUAGAAAAUUCAUAGACAAAAUGAUUAUUAUUUUUUUUCAUUAUUGAUAUUUAUUUCUUCCAUCAUUAUUGUGCAAACUAAUCUC